AUGUCCGAAGAAGUGUCCGCUCCCGCGGGGGCCGCAGCCACAGCUGCCCUCAAAAGCCUCAAAAAGACUUCCACGAAAGUAUCUAAAGAAAAGGCAAAUGCCGUGCCAACGCAUCCCAAGGUGUCUGCAAUGGUGACUGCAUCCAUCAGCGCGCUCAAGGAACGUGGUGGUUCAUUUCUGCGGGCCAUCAAGAAGUACAUGUCUGCCAACUACGAGGUAGACGUCGAUAAGCUGUCUCCUUUCAUCCGCAAGUAUCUCAAGCCUGCCGUCGCUGUGGGAGCACUGGUGCAGACCAAGGGCAAGGAGGCUACCGGACCGUUCAAGCUGUUAGCCAAGUCCGACAAGCCAUCACCUGCUGCCAGGAAGCCCAAGAAAGAUACUGGUGCUGCAAACAAGCGGAGAGCCUCGGCAGCUGCCAUUGUGGCCAAGGAGACAAAGCGCGGGAGUGCCAAGAAGUCGCCGGCUAAGAGGGCCAAGUUGGUAGAUCCCAAGUCGGCCAAGCCAAAAAAGCCAAAGGCAGAGAAAUAG